AUGACUUCCCCGCCGGCCGCCGGCCCCGAGCCCGCGCCCCGCGUCCCGCCGUCCCCGCCGCCCAUCGCCGCCCCCGUCGGCAGCGGCAGCAGCAUGGCCACCGACUCCCUGGGCUUUAGCGGUGGACGACGCAAGAAGCCGCCGCAGAGUCGAAGGAUUGCCCGAGUGGGCCAUUCUCCCCAUAGCGUGCCGCAGAAGCUGCCUUUUUGGGCCUUGAGCAACUUGCAUCUCAAGGAAGAAAAACCCAAGCCAGAGGCCAAUGGUGCCGUUGUCAAAAGCGAUAACAAUGCGGAAAAGACUGAAGAUGAGGAGAAAGAGGACCGGGCCGCCCAGUCGUUGUUAAACAAGCUGAUCCGCAGUAAUCUCGUCGACAACACAAACCAAGUGGAAGUCCUGCAGCGGGAUCCAAAUUCCCCCCUCUAUUCGGUGAAAUCUUUUGAAGAGCUACGACUGAACCCCAGCUUCUGCAGGGAGUCUACGCUAUGGGCUUCAACCGACCAUCCAAGAUCCAAGAGAAUGCGCUCCCCAUGAUGCUCGCAG